AGUGCCUCCCUUCCCAAUCGCCUGCGCGGUCGGUCCCAGGGAACGGGCUCUAAGGAAGCUCCAGCCCGACUGGCGAUUCGCGAGCCCCCUUUCGUCCCGUUCCCUCCUCCUCCCUCCCCCACCAAGGGACUAUUUCUUCGGCCGGGGUCGGGCGAAGCGAACACUUGUAGCUGCGGGAGUGACAGCGGUCUCCCUGACCAAACUGUGCGCGCGCCCCAGCAGAGUCACGUGUCUUUUGCCCCUCCGGGAGCAGCCAAAGCAGGAGGCGCUACUACAACUGAUCUCAUGCUGUCCCGUAGCCGUGGGUGACCUCUUCAGAUCGCCCCCGGCCGGCGGGCCCCGCCUGACCCCCCCUCCGCCCCCUCGCACCAUGAGGAAAGCUCUCCGGAUGGACAGGGAGAGAAGCUAACCGCCGGGUUAUUGGUUCUUUUCUCCUCCCAGGCGACCGAGAGAUGCCCGGGGCUACGAAAUGUCGCCGUCGCCACGUGCUGUCUGCCCUGGUCUUCUUUCUAGUCCUCACUUCGGCUCGGACGUCCCGCUUGGAAAGCAGUAGCGGCGCCGCCUUCCAAACCAAAAGCAGAGGUCUCCAAGGGCCCGCGGGGGAUCGAAAAACGCUGCUCGACUUGCUGCUCAAAGCUCUGGUGGACAGCAGCAGCUUCCAGGCAGCCUCGUCUCAGCCCUUCAAGGCGGAGCGGGUCAUAGUUCGGCGCUUCACCAACGGCGGCGCCCAUUAUUCCUCGGCAGCUCUGGAUCGCGAAGCUAAAGUCAGCUCUUCCUCGACCUCCAGGGAGCGAGCGCCCAGGUUCUUAGCCGCUUCCAGACAUUCAGAGGUAUUUCCAAGAGAUUCCAGUUUAAAAGACAAAUUCAUCAAACACUUUACAGGUCCUGUCACGUUUUCAGCUGAAUGCAGUAAGCAUUUCCAUCGCCUAUAUCAUAAUACACGGGAUUGUUCAACACCAGCUUGACUAAUCCUAUAAGGAAGGCAGGAAGGAAACAUUCUGGUGUUGUUUCUAGCCUAAUCUUUAUUGCCCUGCUUACAGAAACUGCCUCUCUGGUUAACCCUUAUUACAUUGUAACAGCUAAGGCAAAGCACCCAUCAACGUAAGUGAUGUUGAAUUGGCCACGCCCACACAGUCACAUGACCCUGAGCCAUGCCUACCCAGCUGGUCAUUAGGCAGAGAACCGGUUGUUAAAUUAUUUGAAUCCCACCACUGCUUUAGUAGGUCUGUGCUAAAUUGUUCAUAUCAAACAUUCUCUGUUUAGAACAGUCAUUUUGGAAUGGUUCUUUACCAGAACUAUAUAUGUACACUUUGUAGGAAUGCUGAAUGAAGAAUGAAUGCAGACAGAAAUAUUCCUAUUCUGGGUAGAAAUUUUUUGGGAGGAGAUGGGGAUGGUUAGAAUUAAAUAACUAUGGCCAAGUCUUCAUAGGAGGGAGAGAAGUGAAAGGAAGUUAUUGAGAAGAUUGAAAGUGAGCAGGUUAUGUUAUACUGUGAUAUCAUAGCAGCUGAGGAAAAAAGGUGACACACUGCAUUGUUUCUGAAGUGAGGGAGAGAGGGGCACCAGCAUUGCCCUAAAUGCCCUGUAAAUUAAUUCAGAGUUUUCUGCAGAUUUUAUUUCUGCCAAACUUUGAUCAAUCCAGAAAUCAGAAUUCUGAAGUUGUUGUGACCUAGGCUUACUGAGUCCUUACAAGACACAAUUAGUCCCAAACAAAUCUAUUUUAUUGUAACAGCUGAGAAUUAUUUUCAUUCCCAGCUGAGUCCCAAUUAGUUGCAAAACAAAUCCUUCAGAAGAAGUCCUUUGGGAUAAUCACCAACCUUUAUUUUUGUUUUGACACCCUGCCAAAAGCCUUAAUUGGCAAAGCCCAUGGAGUUCAGAAACAAACAAGAGAUGCCAACUGGAAACAGAGUUAGCAACGAUGCUUUCCUGCAAAAGGCUCCAAGUGCCUUUCCUUCUCUUUUAAGCCUUAUGGUGGUGGUGGUGGGGGCAAUCAUCUCCUGGCCUUAGUCCCAAGUCAUCCCUUUUGCUUGAGUUGCUCUUGCCUUCUGGCAGCUUUGUGCAUGCGUGCACUAGGAACAGGCUCCUACUGUUCCUCUGCCUCUCUCUGCUGUCCGACUCUGGGGGCUCCGGAGUCUGCGCAUCACUCUCAGAUGGCCCUGGCCUAAUCUCUGCCUCCGACACAGAGCCCUCGUCCAGGCCUUCCCCAGACUCCAAGACUGGCCCAUGUUCUUCCCCAGCCUCCUCAUUGUCGAACUCUGCUGCCAGCUCCACAGGCCACAACAGAAGUGUACUUUCUAUUUGUACUUACAUUUAUGAGCAUUUUUGAGAAAAACCUUUUCUAUUCUGAAAUUAUACAAAUGUUCUCGUCAGGCUUGAGCUACAUAUUGCUAAUCAAAACUAAUAAUUUGCUUCUGUCAUA